AUGCUUCAUGAAGGUAUUAAAUUGUCUCCUCAACAAGUAUUGAGAUAUGCUCUUUCUUUGAAGUUGGUUCUGCCUAUAUGUCCUCAUAAGCAUCCCUCUAUCAUGCCUCUGUCCUAUAGGUGGAGUCCUCCUCUACCUAACUGGUUUAAACUUAAUGUUGAUGGGGCACUCUUUUUUUACUGUAAUAAAACUGGGAUUGGUGCUAUCCUUCGUAAUUCUUUUGGUGAUGUGAUCAUGGCUCUUAGCAAAGUAGAAGAGGAGUUCUUGGAACCUAAAAAUGUGGAGGCUAUGGUAGUGUUGAGAGGUCUGCAAUUCUAUCUUCAGAGUGGUAUUCAUAAUCUUCUUAUUGAAAGUGAUUGUCUACACUUAGUGGAGGAGAUUAACAAUGUUGCUGAGCCUUUUAUAGCAAUAAGAACCAUGAUAGCUGAAAUUAGAAGACUGAUGCUCCGUUUUAUGCAAUGCAAGAUACAGCAUGGUUCCUAG